GACUAUCACAAAUGGCGAUCGGGUCAGAAGUAGAACACUGGGAUGUGGUAGUGGCGAUCGCUCUCCGACAAGAUGGCCGCAGAAUCCUCAUCCUCGAAAAAUCGAGCAUGAACAAAGAAGUGGGCGCAUUAAUCUCUCUGCAACCCAACGCCUCGAAGAUCAUCAAUGAGUGGAACAUGCAACCAUUCCUGGCAGAAAAGAAACCAAUGGUCGACGAAGCCUUCCGCCUUCUCAAUGUCGAAGGAAAAUUACAGGUCGAGAUGAAACUCAACUCUUCACAAUUUGGUGCCGAUAGAAUGCUAUAUCAUCGCCAGGAUCUUCAUGAUGCUCUUCGCCAAGCAGCUGUUUCGGAGGGUAUGCCUGGUUCUCCUGCCGUCAUUCGUACUUCCUCUGGUGUUACUGGUUGCGAUUGUGCGUCUGGAAUUGUUCACCUCAGCAACGGAACCUCAGUCCAGGGAGAUGUUAUCGUCGGAGCAGAUGGUAUCCGCAGCGCCAUCAGAGACGAAGUCAUCAAAGACACCACAAGCGAAGGCUCAAAAGCCAUACCGACUGGCCUCUCCGCCUAUCGCAUCCUCGUCGAAACAGACAAAUUGCCAAGAUUGGACGUCGCAGAGGAUGUAUUCGACCUCAAGCGCUCAGCAACAACCAUGAUAGUCGGUCACGACAAGCGAGUCAUCAUGGGUCCCGGUAGAGGAGGCGAAAUGUUCGGCCUUGUCUGCCUUGUCCCAGAUCCAAAUCCAAACGGAGAAGGUACAUCAUGGAACAAUGCCGCUCCUCUACAAGAAGUGCUCGAUGCGUUUCAAGCAUUCCCCGCUUGGGUCCGGGAAAUUAUGUCUCAUGCCCCGGAUGUUGCGCUCUGGCAACUGCGAGAUAUCGAUCCACUGACCACAUGGACAAAAGGACGCGCCAUACUCAUUGGCGACGCAGCUCACGCAAUGUUACCCACACAAGGCCAAGGUGCGAGUCAAAGUAUCGAAGACGCCGAAGCAUUGCAAGCAUUCCUGUCAGAAAUCACCUCCAAUUCUUCUGCCGAUGAGAUUCACGAACAACUAUUAGCAAUCGUGAAUGCGAGAUAUGAGCGUGCAUCGUUGAUCCAGGCAUAUAGCAGACUGCAAGCAAAGCCUGCUGCAUCACAGGACAACAAGACGGUUCAAUUGAACCCGCAGGNNGAGUUUAUGCAGUACAACUGCAACUAUUCGGGCGCGAAGGAUUGGGUUAAGAGACAGCGUGAGGCUGAAGAAAUGGCGUAUAAGCAGACUGCAGCCAGAGCU